AUGGUAACGGGCCGCCGCAGCGCCUCGCGUUGCCGUGGCAACCGCGCAGGCCUUCCGGUGGUGGCCGGAAGCGGGCGGUGCGCGGCGGCAGCCAUGGCGGCGGGGCUGAGGCCGCCGCCGGUCGCGACCGUCCUCAUGCUGCUGCUGUCGAUCGGUGUCUCCGCGCCUGGGCUGCUGCGGGGUCCGGCCACCGCCCGCUCCGCCGCCUCGCUGCGGGCCGCUGACCUGCAUGCGGGGGAAGUUCACAGGCUGCUCACCUACAUCUUCCUCUAUGAAGACCUGGCAUCCCUGGCCUGUGGUGCUGUUAUCAUCUGGUACUUUGCUGGCAGCUUUGAGAAGCACGUUGGCACGGUGAAGCACUGCUUCCUCACCAGCGCCUUCGCCGUCCUCGCCGCCCUCCUCUACCUCCUGCUCGAGGCCUUUGUGUCGAGGCUGUCAGAGGUGGAAGAUGCCAAAGGGUUCAUGCCUGUGGCCUUUGCAACCUUGGGGGUGUCCACCACCCGCUCCCGGAUGAAGAGGGCUCUGCUGUUCGGGGUUCAAGUUCCGGUGGUGCUGGUGCCCUGGUUCCUGCUCUGCUUGGUGUGGUUUGUCCCCAGCUCUUCUCUGCUGAGUAACCUGUGUGGGCUCCUGGCAGGGGCAGCCUAUGGCCUUGGCUACUGCUCCUGCUUGGAUUUCCCAGAGCCAGUGGCCUCCAAGCUGGACCAGAUGUUGCCUUUCAGCCUGCUGAGGAGGAUACCAGGACUGAGAUACAUCCCAGGGUCCUCAGCAGAGAGAAGAGCCUUUGAAAGCUGCAAGCUGAUGCCCACGCCCGGCACCUACCCCACCCAGAGCUAUCACUGCUCCUCGCCUCCAGCUCUUCCUGCUUCCCAGGUGCAGCAUCCCAGUGCCCAGAGACAGGGCUUUCACCCUGCUCUGGGGCAGAAGGCAUCUCAGCAGCCCCAUGCUGCAGGACACAGCCUGGCUGGAGCCACCCUGAGCAGUGCUGGAGCCUACCCUGGGCAGUGCUGCCAGCUGGCUGGCUUCCCUCCACAACAGCACCUGUGCCCACCUCAGCCACAGACACCCACAGGCCUGGGCCUCCUGGCUGGGGUUCAGCAGGUGUCAGGCUGCCCAGCAGCCACAGUGGCUUCUGUUCCAGCAGAAGUGUCCAGAGUCCAGGUGUACUGA